AUGAACGUCUUCAGUGCUUCGACGCGGCACCUGCGAUGCGUGCGGCACAUCUCGCGCCCUCAAUGGGGACGAGUCACCGUAGCGCGGCCCUUCACCAGGGGGCUUCAGACUGACAACGGCAUUCUCGACGAGAAGACAACCAAGCAGCUCGAAGAGAGCGGAGCUCUCGACAUUGCUUCGAUUGUUGCAGCACCGGAACUCCAACUCUCCAAGAUCAGAUACGCGCGAACCGUCCCCGUAUCGCCCUCCUACUUCUCGCGAACGCCGCGGUUUAACGAUGAGCUCGUCAAAGUCCAGAAUCUUCUCACAACAUUCAUGGACCUUCCUACCGUGCCUUCGCAACAAGCUCGCCGUGUCGCUUGGAAAAGCUUAGAUGAUUACCGUGCCUUCACCGGAGAACAGGUCAAAGCAUCUCAUUUCGGAAGAGCCCUCAAAAUCGCUAAGAGACUCAACACGAUCGAUCCCGCCCUCGCGCCAAAGCAGGUCAAGGAGGCCAUAGAAUUUUGGGUCAAGGAUAUUGAUCCGUUCGGGAACAAGCCGAAACCCAUCCCGAUUGAUAGGUUUGGAAGGGCCCUUGGUGUCGGAAAACGAAAGGAGGCCGUUGCCAGGGCGUGGGUUGUAGAAGGCACUGGCGAGGUGCUCAUCAACGGCAAGCCACUUACGGAAGCGUUUGGCCGGGUUCACGAUCGUGAGAGCGCGAUUUGGGCUCUGCACGCCACGCAGCGUAUGGACAAGUACAACGUUUGGGCUCUUGUAGAGGGCGGCGGUCCAACUGGCCAGGCCGAGGCCAUGACCUUGGCGGUGGCCAAGGCAUUGAUGGCCCACGAACCUGAUCUCAAGGCCGCCUUGCGAAGAGCCGGUUGUGUAACCCGAGAUCCCAGGGAGGUUGAGAGAAAGAAGGCUGGCUUUGUCAAGGCAAGGAAGAGACCAGCCUGGGUCAAGCGUUAA